UCCAAUUAUACUAUGUUCGAGUCACAACUCACAAGCACAACCAUUUUGCAUUCAUCCGCGAAACAGUGCGCGCGCGCUUCGCUACAAUUAACAUUGCUGCGUUAUCGUAAAUAUUUCUACAAGUGUGAUAAGAUCAUUACAUCACUAAAUGAUAAGAGCCGCUAAGGAGUGAUUUGUCUUACCGGUUGACGAGUUAUCGCUCAAAUUCGAUAUGCAACGUUACUGACUAAAAAGAGUGUUAAAACAAUAAUUGACAUUGCUAUUGAUAUUGUGUGUAUACAUUUUCGAAUGUGGUGUAAACCAUGGGGACGGCGAAAAGACUGAAGGUUACAGUGGUCGGAGACGGGAUGGUGGGCAAAACAUGCCUUCUGUACGUGUACACAAGGAACGAGUUUCCAAAGGAAUAUGUACCAACAGUAUUUGACAAUUACGUGGGACACAUAACAGUCGAUGGCGAAGAGAUCGAAAUGGCGUUAUGGGACACAGCUGGUCAGGAGGAUUAUGAAAGAUUGAGGCCCUUAUCAUAUAACAGCACGAAUUGCUUCUUGGUCUGUUAUUCAGUUGGUAGCAGAUCUUCUUACGAAAAUGUUAUUCACAAAUGGUACCCUGAAUUAAAACACUUCAGUUCUUCUGUGCCAAUAGUUCUUGUUGCUACAAAAACGGAUUUAAGGUCAUCAGGAAAAGCUGUCAUCACAACUCAGGAAGGAAAGCAAUUAAAGAAGAAAAUCCGCGCUGCUCAACUAGUGGAAUGUUCCGCGCUGGAACGAGUGAACAUGCAUGAAGUUUUUGAAGAAGCUGUACGUGCUGCUCUUCGUAAAAAGCCUGUUAUCAAAAGAACUUGUCAAUUCCUUUAGUUACUUUUAUUUUAAGAAAGUAAAUACUUAAGAGAUCCCAGGAUUCACAUCGCGAUCUUCAAGAUCCAGUCCACUGAUUGUAUAAAGACGUGCCAAAGUUUAACAGAGAGAUUAACAGUAGAUAAUACAAAAUUAUUAUGAUUUAAUGUGCUUGAAAACGUUAAAUAUGGAAAAAAAAUAUUUAUUUACAAGCAAUAUAAACCUAAAUUUAAUAAUUAAGCGAUUAUAAUUGCUAUCUACUUAAAUUAUUUUAGCUCAUAGGUAAUAAACACAAUAAAUGCAUUCAGUAUUGUUUUACGCACAUAAAUAUUUUAUAAGAUAUACGAGUAGAAUCACAAGUUUAUGUAAGAUUAUAUAUUUAAGAACAAAACAAUGUUAAAUUGGACUAGGCUAUUAUUUAGCUUCCCAAUAUACUUUCAACAAUCUACUUAGUAUACUAAUGUUAUGGGAGUACUUAUUUAAAUUUGUAUGCGACAUAUUCAAUAAUAAAUAUACGAUUUU